GUCAUGUGAUCAACUGUGUUCAAUCACAGCUGAUCACAUGGGACAUCUACACUGAUCAUCAGAGCACUGAUGAUCAGUGUGCCCUGAUGAUCUGUGUAGCCCCAGCAGCGCCAUCUGUCAGUGUCCCAUCAGUGCCAGCUCUCAGUGCUCAUCCAUGCCAUAUCAGUGCCACAUUUCAGUGCCACAUCAAUGCCACAUAUCAGUGCCCAUUUGAGCUUCCUUUCAGUGCCACCUAUCAGUACCAGUCAGUGCUACCUAUCAAUGCCAGUCAGUGCCGCCUAUCAGUGCCAGUCACUGCUGCCUAUCAGUGUGCUUCAGUG